AUUGAUUAGUCGUGGAGUUUUGCGCUGAUCCUACGCUUUUGUCCGGUCGCGUUGCGUUGCGUCCCCGCGCAGCCGUCCCACAAGACCUUCCGGAUCAAGAAGAAGCUGGCCAAGAAGAUGCGCCAGAACCGCCCCAUCCCCUACUGGAUCCGCAUGCGCACCGACAAUACCAUCAGGUACAACGCCAAGCGCAGGCACUGGCGACGCACGAAGCUCGGCUUCUGAGCGGUGGAAGAGAUGAUGGCCAACGAUGCUUGUGGAGGAUAGAGCUCUGCAAAAGCUAGGAAGCUCUUGUUUAAGAUUUUGUUGUGUUAAAGGGAGCUGACUGAGAAUAUUGUUCUCUCUGAUGGUUAAAGAACUGCCUUUUAUGUUAUGCUGAAUUUAUCGUGCCUGCAUUGCCUUAAUCAGUU